CAGCUCCCGGCAGCCGCCGCCGGCGGAAGCGCGGCCCCGUGGCAGCGCGGGGGAUUCGGACGCGGCGCCGGGGACAGAGCCGGGCCGAGGCGCGCCCAGCCGGGCCGGGCCGUGCCGCCAUGGCGCUGUCGCUGCCCGAGGCGCCGUGGCCGGCGAGCCUGUCCCCGCUCAAGGCGGUGGACAACUUGCUGCGCUGCGGGAUUUGCUUCGACUACUUCAGCAUCGCGAUGAUCAUCCCGCAGUGCUCGCACAACUAUUGUUCCCUGUGUAUACGCAAGUUUUUGUCCUACAAAACUCAGUGCCCAACAUGCUGUGUGGCAGUCUCGGAAUCUGACCUGAAAAAUAACCGGACGUUGGAUGAACUAGUAAAGAGCUUUAAUUCUGCAAGGCAACAGCUGGUCCAGUUGGUCUUGGAUACUCCACUGAUUUCAUCUCCAUUGGCCUGUAACAGGCGUUCAACUGGCAAAAGCCACGUUAGGACUCCUUCAUCUUGGCCAGUUUUAAAAGAAGAGGUGCCAGUGAUUGACAGUUUCUUGAGCAAGGAAAAUGUUUGCACCCUGACAAAGACAGAUGGUCUGGCAGAAACAGAUCGGAAGGUUUGCAAAACUGAGAAACAUCAUAACCUCUGUAGCAGCUCUGCAGAGGCUGGUGGCAAAGACAACGAAGUGGGAUCACAAGAGACUCCUGAAUGCACCAAAAAUCAUGAAAAACCUUCUACGUCAGUGGUAAAAGUAGUCAAGAAAGUGGAGUGUCCGGUUUGUGGGGUUGCUAUUCCAGAGGAAUAUAUAAACAAACAUCUAGAUAGCUGCUUGACCAGAGAGGAGAAGAAGGACCGCCUUAGAAGUUCUACUCAGAAAAGGAAACCUAUGCCUAAAGUUGUUUACAACUUGCUCUCUGAUCGUGAGUUGAAGAAGAAACUAAAGGAACACGGACUGUCCACCCAGGGGACUCGGCAACGGCUCAUUAAGAGACACCAGGAAUUUGUGCACAUGUAUAAUGCCCAGUGUGAUUCUCUAAAUCCCAAAUCUGUUGCAGAGAUUGCUAAAGAACUGGAAAAGAAUGAGAAGAUUCGGGUUCAGCUUGAAUUUAAUAAAAGUGGUGAAAGUAGCUUGACCUUUACAAAGGAUCAGACAGAGGAAGAAAUAGACAAGAUCCACACUGGAUAUCGAAACAAGCACAGAAGCGAAUUUCAAUUUUUAGUGGAUCAAGUAAAUAAUCGGUGGAAGAAAAGUGGUAAGAGGAAAACACAGAGUGCUGAAAUCAAAGAAGAACCAACUGUUAAAGAAUUGCCAGCAGGCACCGGAGAAGAUCUUAAAGAGUGUAACUCAACUGCCAUCCUUGGAGAAGCCCAGAUACUCAAAGCAGAAACUCCUGAUGGCAAAAGAAGUGACCCCCAUUCUUCAGAGGAAGGCCAGAGAUCAGUCUCUCCUGCAUUGUCACAGUCGACUGGAUCAACAAGCAGCUCCAGUUCAGAUAUUUUGAGAGAUCUGGAAGAGGCUGAGAAUUGUUCAGCGUCAUCUGACAGCAGCUGUCUUCUGGAUUUGAGAGUUAACAAAAGGAAGUCGUGUCAGCCCAGGCUGCCAGGAAAAGAUCAGCUGCUUCCCAAGAGUAAGCGGAAGAAGAGCUAGUGUUGCAGGGCUGUGGAGCUCAGCAGUGCAGAAGGAUUAAGACUGAGAAAUAAAUCUUAGUUUUUUCCUAUUUCCAAUGUAUCUAGGUACUUAAUAUUAAGUGCUGAGUUUUUGCAUAACUGCCAUUCAAACUGCCUUAAAAUAACCAGAUGAGUGCACUGACCUUUGUUGUUAGCAGUACUGUGUGCAAUUUAACUUCAGCCCUGGGAUAACAUCCUGGGCUCCUGCUCAAGACGCUCGGUGAGCUCUCCUGCGCGCUGUGCUGCAGCCAGAGGAGAGGAUCUGCACUUGGCCCUGUUCCUGCUCGCGCGGAGCAAGGGCCCUGCUCUGCCCUGCUGCAAGGAACUGCGGGACAGCGCUUCGCUCGGGGCCGGCACACGCUUGCGCUGCUGUUUUCCAGCUUGGCCAGGAGGGACACGGGGACAGUCCCCAGCGCUGCCCCAGAGUGGGAUACUUGGAGGCUCUGGCUGCACGGGACUGUAUGAAAACCCUUGCUCUCUUAAAAUAAGAGGGCACGUCAGAGGAGUAAGAGAUUUUUUUGAUUUGGUAUAAUUUGAUUUUUGUAGGUGGAAUAAACUGUUAACUCAAACCAUUUCUGUUCUACAGAAAUACGCUGGUUUUGAAUAUGCCCUUGUAAAUAUGCUCAUUACUAAAUGCCAUUAUUUCAGUUCAGUGUCCUUGUAUUUGAUACCUGUCAAUUUAUUUCAAGUAUUCUCGCUUUAGAAUAAAUAUUAGCCUUAAAAGUUAUUUUUCUUAGAAGAUGAUAGGGCUUUGUAAUGAAAUAAAGCAAUAUGAAUUAAAGUCAACCUGAACAG